AUGGGUGAUCGCAGGCCAGACCCUAAUAUCAUUAUGAUGACAUAUUGGCUCCUGAACGAAAAUUCUACAAAGUCUUCUGCGAGAAAACGCCGUUAUUGGAUGGCGCCUUUAUUUAAAACCCGAAAUGAUGUCCUCAGGCCACUAAUAUCCAACGAAAACACUGGUCAUUUCAGAAAUUUUAUGAGAAUGUCAGUGGAAGACUUCCAAAUACUUAUUGAUAUGGUAGGACCCAAAAUUGGAAAAAAAGAUACGUCAUUUCGAUGCUGCAUAUCUGUCAAGGAGCAAUUGGCUGUUACUCUAAGAUUUUUGGCUACUGGGGAUAGUUACGCAAGCUUACAGUAUUUGUUUCAUAUAUCAAAGCAAUCGAUUUCAAAAAUUAUUCCUCGCGUUUGUGAUGCUUUGAUAUCAUCGUUGAAACAAUACAUAAAAAUGCCAGAAACGGCAGAAGAGUGGCUUGAAAUUGCCUCAGGAUAUGAACGACGCUGGAAUUUCCCCAAUUGUAUUGGUGCAAUAGACGGCAAGCACAUAAGAAUUGAUUGCCCCAUUAAUAGUGGCUCUGAUUAUUACAAUUAUAAAGGGUUUUUCAGUAUUGUUUUGUUUGCUGUGGUAGAUGCUAACUACAAUUUUAUAUUUGCAGACAUAGGAUGCCAAGGAAGAAUUUCCGAUGGAGGCGUUUUUAAAAACGCCCUCAUAUCUCAAUAUAUUAACGAUAAUUUGUUAAACCUCCCAGAAGCGACGCUACUCCCAGGUAGUCUGCAGAAAUGCCCGCAUGUGUUUAUUAGUGAUAGGGCAUUGCCUUUAACCACUAAAAUUAUGAAACCAUUUGGGGGGUUUCACAGCAAAAAUACAAAGGAAAGAAUUUUUAAUUAUAGAUUAAGUAGAGCUCGUCGGGUUGUAGAAAAUGUAUUCGGAAUAAUGUCCUCAGUUUUUAGAGUUUUAAGAAAGCCACUAUGUUUGCAACCCGAUAAAGCUCAGAAAAUUGUAUUCGCAACAGUUUUCCUACACAAUUUUUUGAGGGCAAGUAAAACUUCCAACUUAUUGUACACGCCGGUUGGAUCCAUAGAUAGUGAUAUAAUGGGUCACAUUGUCGAAGGUGAAUGGCGAGCAAAUCACGAAACGGCACUAAAUAAUUUUGAACCAGUUGGAAGGCCAGCUUCUGCCUUAGCUAAAGAUGUAAGAGAAGAUUUUGCUAACUAUUUUUUAAAUGAAGGCGCAGUGACAUGGCAAAAUAUGUACCAAUAA